AUGGACCAAAUAAAGACUCAUUGCUAUGUUACUUACUCGUCCACCGAAGAGGCUGUUGAGACACGAAAUGCUGUGUACAAUUUGCAAUGGCCUCCAAAUGGUGGGCGGCUCUUGGUUGCAGAGUAUGUUGAUCCUGAAGAAGUGAAAAUGAAGCUAGAAGCUCCUCCUACUCCAACUGCCUCUGUAAACAGUGUUCCAACAAGGGAACGACUUCCAUCGCCACCACCCCUUCCUGAGAAAGUGGAACCACCUAUUGUCACUCUGGAUGACCUCUUCCGCAAAACCACAGCAACUCCUCGUAUCUAUUGGUUACCUUUGUCUGAAGAGCAAGUUGCUGCAAAACUUGCGGCACAAGGUAAAAGUACGAGGCAGUAG